UCCUCCAUGAUAAUACACAGCCGUAACCAUAUUAUACGAAAACGUUCUGCAGAGGCCUCCGUAUAGUAGAAUCUGACCUUCAAACAACGCCACAUUGCCUUGAACCUGUAUUGCAGCAUAGCGUUGGCUGUUUUACAGGUGGAAGUCUGUACUCAAGGAAUAACUGUAUGCAAGGUGUGACGCAAAAUGGCGUUGUCAGUUCCGAAAAGAGAUCCUUUUUCUAACCUGCCUUAUGAGUUGAAGGUUCUCAUACUUCAACAUCUUUCAGUUGAGGACCUGUGUCACGUGGCAUUAUGUAAUCGAUCCUGGAGAGAAGCCACCAAUGACGAUGCUCUAUGGCGCCCUCUUUGCCGAGAGAAGCGAUGGGAGAAGUUUGAUGCAGUCGUUGAUCUUUGUGUUGAACCCCCGUUCAUACCUUCGUCACCUCAACCUGGCGGGGAUGGAAGCGUUGGUGACAGUGUCACCUUUGCCUCUGAUUCGGUUGUCACUGGUUCAAACUGGCCAGGGUUGGUAAAUACAUGUAGAUGGAAGGAGAUAUACAUGAAGGCACGACAUCUUGAAGGAAAUUGGAAGAACAAUCGGUAUCAUGUUGUGUCGUUCGAGUUUGGUUCGGGUGGCUACAAGGAUCACAUAUAUGGCAGCUCUGAACCUGAGUUGAUAGUAUGCAGCCUAGCUGGUGAAGGGAAUAGUCUUGCCGGUGCUCUAUCAAAUGAUACUCUGCAUAUCUGGGAUAUCUCCAACGGUACACGUCGACAUUUCAUCAAAGUGGGCAUCAGUAAAGGAAAAAAAGCACUGCAAAUGAAAAAUGGGAUCAUAGCUGCAGGAUGCAUUGAUGGGAAGAUUCGUACCUACUCCGCCCAGACCGGAGAGCAGCUGCAGGUCAUGUCGGGGCAUCGUCUGGAUGUGUUUCGUCUCUUCUUCGAUGGUGACACUAUCGUAAGUAUUGCCGGGAAGUCAGACAGGGAUAUGGAGGUAUGUGGUGACAGUGAUAUGCGGGUCUGGAAUGCUAUAGACGGUACAUCUAUAGACGGUUUCGUCUUUGAGAGCACCUCCGAUGACGUCCGACUGGUUUACGUGGACUAUCUUGACAAGACAGUUGCAGGUGCUUACAGCGACCGUAAGAUUCGAUUAUGGGACGCACAGAGUGGUGUCUGUAAGCAGACAAUUUUCAGUGAUGCAAAUAACAUGAUUUCCUGUCACCUUGGGGACGGCAUCGUGAUUAGUGCCAAUUCUGGAAACGCAAUAAAGAUAUGGAACGUUGAAUCGGGGGAAUGCAUUAGACACUUUGACGUACCUGGUGUGGACUUUGAGUAUUGGGACUCACACGAUGAAUCAACGCACUUUGAGUUCAACGGCGAAUUCCUCCUCGCCACAUCGGAUUACUCGAACAUUAGACUGUUCAAUCUCGACGGCAGAUUCAUUGGAGACACCAAGUCGCACGAGGAGCGCAUGCUUGAAAUCCGUUGUAUCCUUGGCAAUAAGGUCAUUGCGUCUGAAGAGUGUAGCUAUGGUGCAGGCUCGAUGUACCUGUGGAGCAUUGACCACCCUGAGCAUGGUUUCGAGUUGAUCAAACCGUUGAGAGGUUUGAUGAAUGACGAUGAGGACGAACCGCUGCAACCAUUUGAGGGCACCCCACCGCCACUCCAGACUCCCAUUACAGAGGAGGAAGUCAAGACCGCCAUCACCGGUCCAGACGGCAUCAACAGCGAGCUCUUCAAGCACUCCAAAAACCUUGUCUCCCGCCCACUGGCCAAAACCAUCAACUCAUCGUGUGAGCAUCACGUGAUCAUAGAGACACUAGGAGAAGGCACACUAAUCACUCUUCCCAAGCCAAAGAAGCCCCCUGGCCCACCAGCCAACCUCCGGCCGAUAGCCCUGCUGAACAGCAUAAGAAAGAUUUUGUCCAUCAUCACUCUACGCCGCAUCAGAGACAAAAUCGACUGCUUCACCGGACCAUAUCAAAGUGGUUUCAAAAGAGGCAGGAGCUGCGCAGACAUUGUAUGGCACAACGUACGCUGA